GGCUCCAUCCCGGCUUUCCGGUGCCAGUCCGAGCGGAGCGGAGCCGGGCCCGGCGGGGGCGGCGGCGGCGCUGGAGCCGGAGGCUGAGCCGGAGCCGUGCGGGGCCGGGCGGAGCCCUCCCGCCGGCGCCAUGAGGGCCGAGCCGCCCGCCUGGGCCCCGGCGCAGGCGGCCGCGCUGCUGGAGGAGGCGGCGGAUCUGCUGGUGCUGCACCGCGACUUCGCCGCCGCCGUGGAGCGGUGCGAGGCGGGCUGCGACAGCCUGGGCCCCGGCCCCGGCCCCGGCACCAGCCCCGGGCCCGGCCACGAGAGUUUUGCAGAAGUGAAAUGCUCCCUUUGUGUUGUGGGGAUUCAGGCGCUGGCCGAGAUGAACCGGUGGAGAGAAGUUCUGUCUUGGGUCCUACAGUACUACCACGUCCCUGAACAUCUGCCGCCAAAAGUUCUGGAGCUGUGCAUCCUGCUGUACAGCAAAGUGAGAGAGCCGCAGGUGAUGCUGGAGGUCGGCAGCAGCUGGCUGAGGGCCCACGCCAACCAGGGGCUCCCCGAGUUCGGCGCGCUGCUGGAGCUGUACCUGGCGCAGGUGCUGCUGCCGCUGGGGCGCUUCGAGGGCGCGGAGGAGCUGGUGCGGGGCUGCGCCGUGCCCGGCAGCGAGCAGCAGCUGCGGCUCCUCGGCACCAUCGGCCACAGCCGCUGCCGCUGGACUCAGCGGGAGGAGACGCGCUCGGCUGCUGAGGAGCGGCAAGACCCGGCCACAGAAACCCUUCUGGGAGUGCUGUCCCAAAAGCUCCUGACCAUGUUGACGUUGCUACGUAGAGCACUGAGGUCCAUGUCAAACCACUUCUAUUUACUUCCUUACAAGAAGAUGCUCUUGGCUACUUUUUUGCUGUACCUGGUGGUGGUGAGACUAGACCCAGCUUCUCCCACGUCACUGCCAUUCAUUUACAAACUGGUCCAGCUCUUCAGGCAGGCUUGGGCAGCUGUGCUUUCUCCAGGCCAUAGGCCUCCCAUUCGAGACUAAGUGUCUUCCUCCACUGAAAGUGUCACCUGGUCUUGGGCACGUCACCAGGCUCUUCAGGGGCUGUUCAGAUCUGAAGUGUGGACUCCUGGAAUUUCUUCAGACAUGGUGGUGUAUGAGUUUCGAAGCCACAGCAAGUAUUCCUGACAUUUUGCUUGGUCCAUCAGUAGGGUACAGCCACUCCUUCCAUGCCUACAACUGAAUAAGAAUCUAAGAAUCCUCCUUUUCAAACACUUUGCUUUGGAUGUGUCUCUUGAGUGAGGGUUGUGUAGCCAGUUAUGAACUGUGGAAGAAGUUCUCAUCCUUGCAGAUGCUGAGCAGUUCUCUGAACAAGUGCAAUUCCUGGAAGACAGUGAUGAGGGGAAUAUCCUGUUUUCCCCGAAGACAUCUGAAAAGCCCAGUUCCUGCAGCACAGGAUUUAGAACAAGCACAUGGAAGAAAAACACUGUAGAAAUUAAAGCCUAUUGUAUUUUGAAAGCCAUGGUUUCUCUUGUGACUGGUGCCUCUUUGGGGAGGCACAAUGGAUUUUAAUCAUAUUUAAGCCAGAAAGAUGAGGGGGUGGGCCACAAAGACUGCUGUGUUGUAUCUACUCUUCUUAAAUGCAAAUUACAGCACUCAGUGCUUGCCUGAUGCAUAGCCAUUCCUAGAAGCACUUGGUGGUGGUGGUAAGGAAAUAAGUUUAUUUUUUUAAAUUAUAUUCUAUGUUAUUGUCUAGUUGAACAACUGAAGUUGUUGCUUUGUUUUGCUCUUUCCCUACCUCUUGCUUUGUUUAUGUAGAUGUCCAAAAAAUGUCUCUGUAUAUCUAGAAUUGCUCCCCAAGUCCCCAGUAUCCAAAGUCCUGGGUUAGAUGGGAGUCAUGCAGCAAUGCUCUGUCAUUCAGAACAAAAGUUGUGUUUUGUUUUUUUUUUAAUAGAAAGAGAUACUUCUCUGACAUCACAAAACUUUCCCCAGAUCAGUGGCAAGAAAAUUGUACACCUGCAGUUCUGUCACCAGACCAGUUCCAUUUCUGACCACUUGGGGCAGAAAUUGGAGCUUUGGGGUGGAACACUAAUUUCUCCUCCAUCCAUUCAGCCAUCUAUCAUCAACUGAGAGGUAAAUUCCGAGGAGGGAGCAAUGAUCUAACAAAAUACUGCUUUUAAACUGUUGUGUGCAGGAGGGGACAAGUUAAAAGUGAGAAGCCAGGGACAAAUUUGCCUGUCAUCCUGUGCCAAAAGGGUGCCAACUCACUGAUGUCAGCCCAAACUACAAAAUGUUGUCAGAGCAGCCUUUUUGGUGGGACUACACCAAAGCCAUGAGGAGCAGCCAGUGCAGACCCCAGUGUGGUGUCUUGCAGCAGUAGUGCCCUUUGUCUCUAGCAAUAACCAUCCUCCCAGGUGGUGGCUGUUGCUGUUUUCUUCACACAGGGUGUGUUGGUGCCCUCAGACUGUGUGUGAUCUCUUGCUUUGCUCCCUACUGGGGCACUGUGCAAACAGUCUCAUCUUCACUACUAAAAACAGUUGUCUGUUUCAUCUUAAAUUAUCCCAAACAGAGAUACACCCCAGCAUUAUUGUCAGGCAAACUCAGGUUAUUUGUGAGUGUAAUAAUGACUUUGCCUAGUUGUCUCAAGAGAUUUAAAAACCCAAACCAUUUAAAAACCCAAACCAAUCCCAUAUGCCUCCCCAAAGUUGUUGUCUCUGCCAGGACUCUACACCAGGUUAAGUAGCUCAUAGCUUUUCCAUAUAAAAAAAAGUAAUUUUUUUAUAUAUUCUGCACACCCAGGGAAGAGCAGCCUUUGACAUUGCUAAAUGGUUCCUGUAAUCCAGCUGUAAGUGUGGUUACAACACUGAAACCAACCCCUGAUGUGCAAUCAGACAGAAUGAAACACAGAAGCUGUCUGGAGUUGAGCUCUUCCAAGAAAUGACCAAGAUCAGUCCUCUGCCCCCCUGCUUUAGUCUUCUGGCAUCAUUUUUAGUUGGAUGGCAGAGAUGCUGUUCUGGAGGUUGGUUUGGACCAGUGGUUUCAGCAGUCCAUACAUAGUUUUUAGAAUGCUGUUAGGUGUCCUUUACCAGGACUUUUAACAUUCAAGUUUAUUUUAAGUGUAGGUUGGUAACCUUGACUUUAUUGGAGUACUACUGAUUUAGAAUUUAUAUUGUUUUAAAUUCAUCAUGAGAGAGCAAGAAGGCAGAAAUAAGCUAUCAGGGUUUUUUUGCAAUUAAUACUAAAACUGCAGUAUCUAAUUUUUAUAAUAAAGUGACUACUGAUUUACCUCUGUA